AUGAAUCUUAUUAAUGAUCAACCUUUAUCAUCAAAACAAAGAGAUUUUCAACAUUUUGAUAAAUGGAAAAAUAAAAUCACAAAUCCAAUAAAACGUCGACGAAAAGCUCUUAAUCAAGUUUCAAUCGUUACAACUGAUAAUUUAAUUCAAAUUCAUCGAAAUGAUUAUAAUUCAUUAUCAACAAAUAAAAUAUAUAAUAGAAUAACAAUAAAUAUUAGUGGAAACCGUUAUGAAACAUAUUUAUCUACUCUUGAAAAUUAUCCAAAUACAUUAUUAGGUAAUAAACAAAAACGAAUGAAUUAUUGGGAUGAACAAGAAAAUGAAUUAUUUUUUGAUCGUCAUCAAUCUUGUUUUGAAGCAAUACUUUAUUAUUAUCAAUCAAAUGGAUGUCUUCGUCGACCAGAUUAUAUUCCAUUAGAUAUAUUUUUAGAAGAAAUUUCAUUUUUUGAUUUAGGUCCACAAACUAUUUCACAAAUAGAUAAAUCAGAAAAUGUUUCAAUUAUUAAACAUAUUAAUUUACCAAAUUGGUUAUGGCGUCGUUAUAUUUGGUUUUAUUUAGAAUAUCCUCAACAUUCAACAUAUGCUCGAAUUCUUCAUUUUAUUUCAAUAUUAUUAACUAUUAUAUUUUGUAUUGCAUUAGCUAUUGAAACUUUACCAAAAUAUAAUGAACAAUCAAAUAAUUUAUGUAAAAAAGAAAAAAAUAUAACAUCAUUAACAAAUAAUAUAUCAAUAUGUUUAACAAAAUUUUCUUCACCAUUUUUUAUAAUUCAAACAAUAUGUGUAUCAUAUUUUACAAUUGAAUUUAUUUUACGUUUAAUUAGUACACCAUCAUAUUAUAAAUUUAUUUUUACUUUAUAUAAUUGGCUUGAUUUAAGUGCUAUUAUACCUUAUUUUGUAGUUUUAAGUAUUAGAUUAAAUUAUAAAAAAACAUAUUUAAAUGAAAAUUUGCUUAUUGGUUUACGUAUAUUUCGAAUAUUAAGUUUUUUUCGUGUAGUAAAAAUUUAUUUAAUUGGUAAUCAAUUAAAAUCAUUACGUGUCCUUUGUUCAACAUUGAAAGAAUCAUUUAUAGAUUUGAUUAUUAUGAUUAUUACAUUGACUUUAUUGGCUUUUAUGUUUGGUGUCGCUAUUUAUUUUGCCGAAAACGAUGUUAAUGGUCAUGUUUUUGAUUCAAUGCCAAAAGCUACCUAUUGGGGAAUAUUAACUAUUACAGCACUUGGAUAUGGAGAUAUAUGUCCAACAACAGUAAUUGGUCGAAUUCUUGCUUGUUUAUGUGCUUAUUGUGGUAUUACAAUGAGUGGUAUGCUUGUUUCUAUACUUGUUGAUCGUUAUCGACGUAUUUAUAAUCGACAAAUAUUUUCUCCCGAAGAAAUUGUAUCACCUGCUGAUCCAUCUGACCAUGAAUAUGAUAAAAAAGCUUGUUAG